AUGGCCAGUUCGAACAUGGUGAAGGAAUUCAGUCCAAGAGGUGGAGGUGGAGGAUUUCGUGGUGGCGGAGGGUUCAGAGGAGGAGAUCAGAAAGGUGGAAGUUUUCGAGGUAGAGGCGGUGGAGACCGUAGUGGGUUUCGUGGUGGACGAGGUGGAUUUGGUGGUGACCGAGGAUUUCGCGGUGGACGAGGUGGAUUUGGAGGCGAUCGUGGAAGGGGGUCGCCUCGUGGUGGUCGUGGAAGCCCUCGUGGUCGCGGACCUCGCGGUGGAAGAGGUGGUGGUUUGCGUGGAGGGAAGACUGUUGUAAUCGAACCUCAUCGGUAUGAAGGAGUAUUCAUUGUCAAGGGUAAAGAAGAUGCUCUUGCAACGAAAAAUAUGGUUAUUGGUGAAUCUGUUUACGGAGAGAAGCGAGUUUCUGUUGACGAUGGUUCGGGGAACUCAAUCGAGUAUCGGGUUUGGAAUCCUUUCCGUUCAAAACUGGCUGCUUCGAUGAUGGCGGGCUUAGAGAAUGUACAUGUGAAACCGGGUACGAAGUUACUGUAUCUAGGCGCAGCCUCUGGCACCACAGUGUCUCAUUGUUCCGACAUUGUUGGACCGGACGGUAUUGUAUAUGCUGUUGAAUUUUCUCAUCGCUCUGGUCGUGAUUUGCUCAAUGUUGCAAAGAAGAGACCUAACAUUGUCCCUAUUGUCGAAGACGCUCGUCAUCCGCAUAAAUACCGCAUGCUCAUUGGUAUGGUGGACACAAUAUUCUCCGACGUUGCUCAGCCGGAUCAAGCUCGAAUUGUUGCCUUAAAUGCCCAUAAUUUCCUGAAAAAUGGUGGUCACGCAGUAAUUUCAAUCAAAGCAAACUGCAUUGAUAGUACGGCGGAACCCGAAGCGGUAUUCGCUGGUGAAGUAAACAAGUUGAAAGAGGAGAAGUUCAAACCAAGGGAGCAGGUCAAUAUGAGGCAGGAGCCAAUCCAGGCUGUUCAAACCUUCGGUCGCAAGAAGACUGCCACCGCUAUCGCGCAUUGUAAGAAAGGACGGGGUCUCAUAAAAGUGAAUGGUCGGCCUUUGGAACACAUUGAGCCGCAAAUUCUUCGUAUAAAACUGCAGGAACCUCUGUUAGUGGUAGGCAAAGAGCGCUUCCAAGAUGUUGACAUUCGAAUUCGCGUAAGCGGAGGAGGUCAUGUUGCUCAGAUUUAUGCUGUAAGGCAGGCACUUGCGAAGGCUUUGGUUGCCUAUUACCACAAGUAUGUUGAUGAGCAGAGCAAGAAGGAGCUCAAGGAUCAGUUUUUUGCGUACGAUAAGUCCCUUCUGGUCGCAGAUCCUCGUCGCACUGAAGCCAAAAAGUUUGGUGGGCCAGGAGCGCGUGCACGCUACCAAAAGUCCUAUCGUUAA